AUGCUCUGGUUACUGUACCCCAACAUAGGCUUGCUGGUUUGUUUUCACAGCUGUAUAUCAGCCUUUACACUGGAAAUUAGAAACCUGACAUAUGAUGAGUCCUACUACGAGUAUGUUCCUGAUCUCCUUCAAUGGAACGAUGCAGGGGAGCUGUGUAACCAGCGCUCUGGGGCCUUAGCCACUGCCUCCAACCCAAUAGAGAAGCAAGAACUAACCAGCUUUUUAAAUUCCUUGAAUAUCUCUCAGCCUGUGUGGAUUGCAAGUAGGUUAAUUGUGCUAUGUUCCUCGCGGACCCUGAUUCUGGAGUUCACCGGGCGCUCGGACAGGAAGCAUGCCCGUCUCCUGCACAAGUUCCCCUCCAUGGAUUCUGUGACCGUUUGCACCCGUGUGCGCUUCGAUCCAAAUUGCUUUGGAAUUUCCACCAUCUUUUCUUAUUCCAUCCAGUCAUACAUCAAUGAGUUCCAGCUCCGUGCGAACCUAAUCAAGGGAAAAGUUGUGCAGCUGGCUCUACUGGUCCAUGGCGUUCAUGGACCUUACCAAGAAGCCUUCAAGCAGGACAACUCCUGGCACUCUGUGUGCGUUUCCUGGAGCCAGAACGGUGGACACUGGGCACUAUUUACUCAUGGCCAGGUGGCUUCUAGGGGUGAGGGCCUAAGUUCUAACAGCAUUGGCCCCGAUGGCCUUUUCAUUAUUGGACAGGAGCAGGACACUUUUGGGGGUUCAUUCAAGAAGGAUGAGUCAUUCUCAGGGAGUAUCACAGAGCUGCACAUAUGGGAUCGGGUACUAAACAGCAGUGAAAUCGACACCAUGGAAAAGCAGUGUUCACCCGUUUCCUCUGGGCUUGUGUUCAAAUGGAGUAGAUCAGCCAUGGAAAUCGAGACCUCUCUUACGGAGUUGUGGAAAGACGUCCCAUGUCAAGGAAACGUCUCUGUGUUAGCAAAUUCGUUCUUGGAUUCCCUCCUAGAUGGAAAUGCUUUGCCGAAUCAAACGCUCUCCUUUGAGUGGUUCCAAAGCCCUUUGCCUGAUGAGGACUGUGGCAUCUUCGACCCGGUUAUUGGGAACACUGGCCUGGCAAAGUGUGACUCGUUCAGGGGGGCCGUCUGCCAGUUUAAGAAAGAAGUGCUGGAUGUUAUCAGUUUACCACAGACACCAUUCUUCAGGAGAUUGAGCGAGGAUCCUCUGAACAAACCUGUGAUGGUAGAUCUGAGCGUUAAUACCUCCUGGGACAGAGAUUCGGCCUUGCUGCAUCAGCUGACCCGGGCUGUUCUGCGUGCGGUGGAGGCCAUUGGCCCUCACCUCCUCACCUCCAGUGAUGUACACUACCUCACCCAGAGGAUUGAGACAGACUUGGCUGCACUGGCUACUAGUUCUCCCUCUGCUGGAGCUGGCGCAGCAGAAGUCAUGGUGUCCAUUGCUACCAACUACCUAAAGGCAGCGAGUUUGAUGCUGGAGCCCCCCAUGGCAUCACAGUGGAUGGGCCUGACAGAGGAUGGGAUCAGCGUGGGACCAUUUCAUAUUGUACAGAGUAUUGACAGACUCACUGAAACUCUUGCAGACAUGCUCUCUAUUGAGAGGAGAGGCUUCACUCUUUCUACCAAGAACAUAGGUGUGUACAUGAAGUGGCAGAAGCUGACUGAAGAGAGAUGUAGUCAAGUCUUCAAGCCUUCUGCAGUCAGCUCUCACGCUGCCGGCAGCAGUGGGCAAGAUGAGUUGCUUAUCCCUGACACUGAGCUCCAGAGGAUACACACACUGGGAUAUGAGGAAGUGAUGUUUAUUCAUACCCACUACAGCCAUCUGAGUGAGAUUGUGUCCGGAGCACAGGAGCCUCCACCGAGUCACCAAGAGAAAGGAAAAAGAAUCCUGGUCGGACACCUGGCUUCUGCUGUCAUAUCAGCCACCAUCCGUGACGCCUCCAAGGCCCAAGCCAUUCCUGUGGCCAUCAAGUACACCCUUUCCUCAUCACACGUGGUGGAAUAUUCACAGCAAGUUACUCCUGUUUGUGCCUUUUGGAAUUUCAGCUUGAUGCAUAAUCGUACCAGCAGCUGGUCCAGUGAUGGAUGCAGGGUGACCUUUGCCGGCUCUAGUGUCACGUCCUGCCUCUGUAACCACACCACCAACUUCGCAGUGCUGAUGAAUUACCUGGAGUCAAAGUGGAGUCCUGAGGAAGAGCUUAUUUUGACCAAGCUGACGUUCAUCGGCUCUGGUGCGUCUUUGUGUGCUCUGUUGGUGACCUUGAUGCUGUUCACUGUGCUGGAUAUCCCCAAAUCCGACAGAACGUCCAUCCAUAAGAACCUGUUCAUUGCUCUGAUCUGUGCCCAGGUGAUUCUGCUCUGCAGCGGCUCAGCCAUUCACAACAAGGUGGCGUGUACACUUGUGGCGGCGCUGCUCCAUCUCUUCUUCAUGGCAGCAUUUAGCUGGAUGCUGGUGGAGGGUCUGCUGCUCUGGAGCAAGGUGGUGGCAGUCAACCUAAGCGAAGAUCGUCACAUGAAGUAUUACUAUCUCAUCGGCUGGGGUCUGCCGGUGCUGAUAGUCACCAUCACGUUGGCAUCAGCCUCAGGCAAAUACUCGGCCGACGGCUACUGUUGGCUCAGUGUCCAGAACGGCGUCAUCUGGGGCUUUGCUGGGCCGGUCAUCUUCAUCAUCAUGGUGAACGUCAUGGUACUGAGCAGGGUGGUGAUCAUCACCAUCUCCACAGCCAAAAGAAGGUCCAUCAUGUUGGCCAUGGGCACCAGUCCUGUGGAUCAAGCCUAUGAGCAAAUCAGGGCAGCAGUGAAAGCAGUGUUGGUGUUGCUGCCCAUCCUUGGAUUGACAUGGCUGUGUGGUGUGUUGGUGCCUUUCUCCAUUGUUAUGGCCUACAUCUUCAUCCUCCUCAACUCCCUGCAGGGCCUGUUCAUCUUCCUGAUAUAUGGGGUGUACAACACAGAGGUUCGGAGCACGGUCAACAGGAUCAAGGAGAGGAGAAAAGCACUAAAUUUUUCAAACUGUGCCAGUUCCCGACCGUCCAGCUCAGUUACCAGCUCUCGUCCCGUCAGUUUCCCACUAGGAACUACCCCAAGCCAGGAAGAGGGGGCCACCCCCUCCUACACUCCCAGCAACAGCCCCGGCCUGGCGAAGGAGGAAGAGAGUACCAGAGCAUGGACGUGAUGCUGUGAAGAGGUGAUACAG